AUGAUACCACAUCAAGAAGUUGAUAAUUUAGUUGCAACUUUAAAAAAACAUCAAUUGGAAUAUAAAGUUACGAUCGAAGAUAUGUCACCAUUGGUGCACGCCCAGCGAGCUGUUCAACUACCCCACAUCGAUGCCCUGGCUGCUUUCUAUACCCACUCGGAAAUUAAUGAUUACCUGGAUAGUCUUCCUGAAAUAUUUCACAAGAGAGUUCAGGUGAAGCUAUUUGGCUGGAGCUAUGAAAGGCGACCCCUUAAGGUCUUAACCAUUACAAAUGGAGAUGGAAAGCGGAAUAAGCCAGUGAUCCUCAUAGAUGGUGCCAGGGAAUGGAUAUCCCCAUCGAUGGUCCUCUAUAUCAUCCAGCAGCUAUUGGAUAACUAUGAUGAAAACCAGGAGCUAUUGGAGGAUUAUGACUGGGUUAUCAUGCCAGUGGUUAAUGCAGAUGGUUAUGAGUACACGCAUACGGAUUCUCGUUACUGGCGAAAGACUCGCCAACCCACUAGCAAUCCCGAAUGUGUAGGCACCGAUAUCAAUCGGAAUUUUGGUUAUGAAUGGGGCCACGAUGAGGGUUCCUCUUCAGAUCCCUGCGAGGAUAUUUAUCGCGGCGAGCGACCAUUUGAUCAACCAGAGUCGCAGGUUUUGCGAGAUGUGAUGCUUCAUUAUAGGGGUAGACUUAACUUUUAUUUAUCACUUCAUUCGUAUGGAAACUAUAUGCUUCUGCCUUGGGGUUAUACCAGUGAAUUUCCGGAUCACUACCAGGACAUGAUGUCUGUAGCAGAUGCUGGCGCCAUGGCCACCGUUCACUCUACAAAUGGGAUAUAUAGCUACGGAAGCACCUACUAUGUGCUAUAUCCGACAUCUGGCGAUACUACAGACUUUGCUUUGGGAGUUGUAAACGCCAAUGUGGCCAUGACAAUGGAGUUGCCGGCUGCUGGUUCCUUGGGUUUCAAUCCCUGGAUUUCCCACAUCGAGCGAUUGGUCACGGAAAGUUGGGUGGGAGUGCGGGCCAUGGCCGCGGAGGUGAUAAGGCGCUAUCGGGGCUUAAUCGGGCUGUAA